AUGGCCCCCCCCCCAUUGCGCUUUCUCCAGGCGAACAUCAACCGCUGCGCCAGAGCUCAGGAUCUCUUGCUCCAGAGCAUGGCGCGGUGGUCGAUUAAUAUCGCCGUGGUCUCCGAGCCGUACUUUGUCCCGCCCAGGAAUGACUGGAUGGAGGACCUGAGCGGCUCGGUGGCCAUCAUCGCGUCGGCCGCCGCCGGUACCCUGACCCACGAGCGGGUGAAGAGGGGCCAGGGUUGUGUCGCAGCUCGGUUCGGAGGGAUAGUCGUAGUGGGGUGCUACUUCUCUCCGAGCCGAACUCUCGCCGAGUUCCACAACUCCCUCAGGGAGCUGAGUGACGUCGUCGUCGAGUACGGUUCGCUUCCCGUCGUCGUGCUGGGGGACUUCAACGCCAAGAGCCAGGCUUGGGGUUCCCGGUACACGGAUGUACGGGGGCGAAUGGUUGAGGACUGGGCCUUGGAGGUUGGCCUGGACGUCCUCAACAGGGGUUCCGUCGCCACGUGUGUGCGGAUGCGGGCGUGUUGUCGACUGGCGAGUAAUGGAGGCGGUGGAGACGCUGUCGGACCACCGGUAUAUCCGGUUCGACGUCUCCACCGAUCCCUCGAGCGCGCCAGUCCGACGGGCCCCAAGUGGUCCACGUUGGGCGUUGAGACAGCUGGACAGGGAGCUCCUCCUGAAGCCUCCAUCGUCCAGUCCUGGGUGCAAGCACCGGUCAGGCCGGACGAUGUGAAUAACGAGGCCGACUGGUUCCGGGAGGCUAUGUCCUCUGUCUGCGACUCGGCAAUGCCCCGAGUCCGCCGAAGCCAAGCGCGGCGCAAGGUGUACUGGUGGUCGCGGGAGCUGGCAUCGCUCCAGGCGGCGUGCUAUGCCGCGCGACGCCGGUACACCAGGUACCGCCAAAUCCGCAUCCGGCCUGUGGAUGCGGUGGCUCGAGAGGCGGAGCUAUACCAGGGGUACAGAGACGCAAAGACGCUCUCUCGGGCGCGAUUCUAG